AUGUAAUUUGAUAAAAAUUUAAUUGCUUUCAAGGUUGUUUUACCUAAUGGUAUGCUUAUUCAAGAGUUCGAAAGGAGAUAAAACAAAACUUAUGUGACAAUUCUUCCUACUUUGUCUACAAAAGAUUAAAAUGGAAAUGAUGUCUAUUAAAAUUUAAGUUUUAUACCUUGCGAUGACCCUGAUUUAUAAGACUAUUACUGUGUAGACUUUUCAAAUGUUAACUCAAAUAAAGUGAAUUAACCUUUCUUAACAUAUUAUCCUUAUGACAAUCAAAAAUAGAAAUUAGAAGUAUUGAUGCUAUAUUGCACUAGCGAAUUAAGUUACCCUGGUAUUGUUUGCGCUACUCAUGAAGAAACAUAAAAAGAAAUUAUUAAUUUUAAGACUUAGGUAUAUACAAGAGUGACAAGCUAAUAGUAUAACCCAACUACAAGAUCAUUUGAAAAAAAAAUCAAGCUUGAGUAAUUUUAUUUGUCAGACACUUUGGUUUUUUUAGGUAAGUUCAGCCUAAAAAGUACCACUACUACAAUAAAUGAUGGGUUUAUCAUUUAAAAGUAGAGCUCAUAUACAUAUAUUUCAGAUUACUCAAAGACAAAUGAGUAUAGCACCUUUACAUUUUAAAAGGCUUAAAAUAAUUUAGAUAUGAUAGGAGCUUGUUUUUUUUAUUUGGAUGAAAAUGGUAGAAAUGAAUUUGUGUAAUUCGUAUAAUUUCCUAGUAUUUUAGCUCAAUUUAUGAGCAUUUUUAACUCUCUUUUAGUAGUUGGAGUAAUUUGUAAAUAGUUUUCUUAAUCUGAGAUGAUUUAAGAUUUUAUGGAGAUUUAAUUAAAAAAUUACUACAAAAAAAGUGCUAUUGAAUUUAUGCAUGAAGUUGAAACAAAGAAACAAUCAAAUUCUAUUUCUAAUUAUUUCUAAAAUAAUUUAAUGCAAACUUAUAAAUAAAUUUGUAAUAUGGACUACAAAUACUAUAUGAAAUAAUUUUUAGAUACCACUCUUUACAACAAGAUUAAGCUAUUGAUCUUUUCGAAAGGAGGAAAGACUAAAACGAAUGAUCCAAAAUAAGUUAAAAUGUACAAAAGACUAAUGGAUUCUACAAUAGAGCAGAUAAAUAUUUAUGAUAUAUAAAAAGAGAUUUUAAAGCUAAAAAUGAUGGUAAGAAUGAGUUUCACUGUUGAGUAAUAUGCAGCUCUUUAGCUUUGUGGUUUAAGAAUUAUUUUAGAUGAAAAUAUUCCAAAUGUGGAAGAAUCAAUCUUAGAAAAUAUAUAAAUGAAGGAGGAUUUAUUCAAAAGUUCUGAGGAAGAAGGUAUAAAGCAAAAGAAAGAAUAAUCAAUUGAAAUGGAGUUAAAGCUAAAAGAAAAUGAAGUUUAGGUUAAAUUGUAAGAAUAUUAGUUAAAUCAAAUAGAAUAAUCGGUAUAAAAAUAAUAAAAAUAAAACUAAGAUAAUUAUUUAACAGAAAAUGCUGAAAAUUAAGAAAGAGAAAAUAUUUAACAUGAAGAAAAUAAUCUUAGCAAACCUUAAGAAAAACAAAAUACAAAAGUAGAAUUUGAAGACAAUAUAUUUAAAUUAGAUGAAAAAAAUGAUUAGAAAUUUAAAAAAUUGAAUUUCAAAAGUAUUGCACUUAAUCAUCUUGAAAAAAUAGAAAGACUAGAGAGAGAUAAUACUUAUUUCGAAUAGAAAAUAGAUUAAUUUUUUAAUUAAAAAAAGUUUAAAACAUAAUUGGACUAAAGGAUACUUGAUUGUCUUAUAGGUUAUAAGUAAUAUAAAUUAGAUACACAAUCCUUCAUACCAAUUACUAAAAGUUGUACAAUUAAUAAGUGA